GUGGACGCCUAUCCGCGUUCCUGUACAUUCCGGUCACAUAAAUUAUGUGACACGUACGUACGGACGUCAUGCAGGCCUAAAAUGACGUUCUGCGUGUUCGUAGCACUAGCAGGGUCUGGACUUCUAAGCGGGAUUUAUAUAGAUCGAAUUACCUACUAAAUUUGCUUGAAUACACGUGAUUCUAAUUUCGCGUGGGGUUAGGGUUACAUUUCUGCAAGGGAAUUUACACCUGCGAACCUGAGAUAACAAGACACGGCGGUGGAAAUCACGUGACCGAUUGGAGGUGUUUCAAAAUGGCGACAGAAUUAGCUUUCGGUUCAGUUCCGCCGUUUUACCGCGAGGUUUACGAUAUAGUAUGUCCAACACAAGAGAGUGAAAUCGACAGAGAUAUGUUUAUCCGGAUGCUGCUAAAGUCAAACUUGCCCCGACAAACUCUUUCUGAGAUUUGGGACCAUAUUGACACCAAGCAUGGCUUUUUGACAAGGAAUGGCUUGUACAAAGCACUGGCACUGGCAGCACUAGCACAACAAGGCAAGACCAUUAGUGAAAAGCUUUUGGAAAAUUUCUCAACACAAGAAUUGCCGAUCCCGUCUCUUGGGGAUCUCAAUGCACUGAAAACUCUCAGCGUUCAAGUAAGACGCGAGAAAAACCCAACUGUCCUUGGUUAUACAUAUCCGGAGCUCUGCGAGUUGGAUUCUAUUAGUGUGGAGUUGGCUGCAGAAAAGAAAGGUCUUGUGUUUAAGCACGUCGAGUAUGAAGUCAAAAGCGAGAAGCACAAAACAACAGUGUUGAGGAGGUACAAUGACUUCCUUGCAUUUCACGAACUGCUGCUGGUGCGGUUUCCUUACAGAAUGGUUCCUCGGCUACCCCCAAAACAUUUCAUGAAUUCGGACGAUGCAUUUCUUGAGGAUAGGCGAAGAGCGCUGAAGCGAUUCGUGAUGCUGGUAGUCCGACAUCCCGUACUGUGCAGCGACGUGCUCACUACGUUUUUCAUUACCUUCAACGGUUCGGAUGUACAGUAUAAAAUUAAAGAACAGUAUAGGAAUAUACCAGAUGAAUUUGUGACAAGCCAAUUGGCGGGUCGAACGAAGGAGCUCGUGCUAGGGAACACGCAGAUGGAAUACAGCAACGCUCGCGAGCAGAUCCGUCUGCUCAGACAGGCUGUCUGCAGGAUGAAGGACAUCGCGCAGCGCAUGGCCGAACGCUCGGCGCGGCACGCCAACGAUCUCUCGAUGUUCGGCAACGAACUAAGCUCGCUGAGCAGCGACACGUCGGCCGUAUCUCGCUGGGCGUGUGGCAACAUAGACAACCUGACGAGUCUGCGACGCUCGUUCCGACAUCUGCCGAAGGAGUUCUCGGCGCUGACGGAGAAGCUCAACCAGCAGGCGAUCAGAGAGGAGGAGGGCGUCGUCGAGAAGCUGAACCUCUUCAAGGACCUGCUGUCGGCGUACAAGGACCUGUGUGAGCGGCUAGAGAAAGGCGUGAUGAAUGAUCACCAGCGAGCAAUCGCGAAGCUUGGCAGUUACAAGAAACAAGUGAUGAAGUCGACCAUUAAAGGAGCCGAGGGUGGAGACAUGGAUCGAUUGGAGUCGAAAAUCAUUGAGCAAGAGUCGGAGAUAAGCAGUAUAGAGAACAGGAACUACUUUUCAUUGCACUGCGUGCAUAUGGAGACUCAGCUUGCCCACGCCAACGUGGAAAUUCUUUCCAACCUCAUUCACACAAUGGUCAGCGUACAGAUACGUGGGCAUAGUGAGCUGGCCCAGCUGUGGGAGCAAGUGAGGCCCAUGGUGGAAAACAUGCUGCCGCUGUCACGGCCGGGAUCCCCGACGUCGCCCCUUCCCUCCCCUACGGGCGACGCCAACGGGAGGAUGCCGUAACAUCAGGUGCUGCACUGCAACGCGAGUUGCAUGCAGAUUGAUAGCAGACCAUCUAUAGGCAGGCUCAGGCUCAGCAACGCCACCCCACUAUCUGCUGGUAACCAUCAUGCAGGAGUAUUUGAUCAAAUGGCGACCAGUCGCUUUGCGAUCGCCCACCUAAAUGAUAGGAAACUCCGAAAUGGAGGAGGUUAUAGUGAUGCGAAGGCUUCCCUGCAGCUUCUCACAUGCCAGACCGGCAUCAGUGAGUCCAGUGUAAUAACACCAAUGUGUUACCAUGUAUAGAUCUUUAUGUAUGUGUGCUGUGUACAUAUAUAGAU